AUGAAAGCGAUUUUGAAAGAGUUCAUCACAAGAAGAUGCGCGUUUUGGAUUACAACGAGUAGUGUUUAAUUGUGUGAAAAUUUACCCAUGUUUAAAAUGAGAAACUAAAUUUUUUUUAAAUGUGUAAUUUAAUUAUUUAUUUUGUUUGGAAAGCACUUUCUCGCUAUUUCGUAAAUCUUUGACAUAUUUUCUAAGUGAAUUUUUUUUUUGUGUGGUCCCUCCACCGCUUAAGAAAAUUUUCUUUAAUAUGUAAAAAACUAUUUGUUAUAGUUAUUUAUGAAGUUUCUUAAUAUCUUUUUUGUGCCCUAUCUACCGCACAAAAACCGGUUUGACUGUACUAUAUAAGUUUAAUUUACUACAUAUAAAUUUAACAACAGGCUAGACUUAUUUGUAGACAGGACUCAACAUAAAUAACACAGGUCGUGGUUAAUUUUCACCGAUUUUCUGUCUCAGUUACGUAUCUUUAGCCGUAUUCGCAUGUUCUAAUUUAUCUUCUUAAAUAUAUUAGAAAAAUAUCCCUAAAAAUAUCUUUCAAGAGGAUAUUUAGCAAUAUUUUUGUGAGGAGGAUAGUGAAAGUUGUGCUAACAUUGAAAAUAAUGAUUUAAUAAAUAUUUUUAUGAUAAUUUAAUAGUGAUUCAAUAGAUAAUUUAAUAAUAUUUAAUAGUGAUAGUGACAGUAGAGAUAUUUUAUUUCUUGUACGAAAAUGUUGUUAGUGACUGGUUAUUGAAAUUGAUAUCGACGAUGAAGACGUUAAUCAUCAACUAUCAAAGCAAAGAAAAAAAAAUCAACAAUUCAAAUAAAUUGGUCUAAGAGGACUGAAAUGCUAAUAUUUAGAAAAACGAUGCCAUUGCAACGAUUUCUGCAAAUAACUAGAUGUUUGCAUUUUACAGAUAAAUUACGCAAAAUAAAACCUGUGAUAAAUUUUUUAAAUCAAAAAUUUAAAGAAGUAUAUUAAAACUAAUGCAGUUGGGACAGUACAUUCGAAUAGAAAGAAUAUGCCAAAAGAUUUUAUUAAAGCAAAAUUAAAAAAGGGAGAACGUAGAAUGAGAAACUGCUAUUUCUACGUUGAAUCUAUUUUAUUUUAUUUUGUAACAUUGAAAAUA